AGACGUUCACUCAGUCUCGCCUCGGACUGUCAUGGAGGGUCGGGUCUUCAGGACUCUGUUGGUCCAGUUUUAACUUCACAGGGAGCUGAAGUAAAGAAGCUGAUCAGACGAAGAGGGGCUUUACCGUGAGGACGAACAUCCACCGUGUUCACCGAGAAGAAGAGAUGUCUUCCCAAGUCAGACUGAGACUGCUGCCGAGUGCCAGGUGUUUAUUCGACGAGCCAAUUCAGGUGACGGUGGCCGGGCUGAGGUCGAGGCAGGUGGUCACCCUGAGAGCCAGGUCAACAGAUGAGAAGGGGAUGGUGUUCAGCUCCUCGGCCACAUACAGGGCUGACGGGAGCGGGGAGAUCGACCUGGAGAGAGACCCCUCACUCAGGGGAAGUUACAUCGGGGUUGAACCCAUGGGUCUGCUGUGGUCGAUGAGGGCAGACACCUUGCACAAAUGGUUUCAGAAAACUCAUUCACUAAACCCCCAUGUGGUGAAGUUCUCUGUGCAUGAGGAGGAGGAGGGCAGGUUGUUGGCAGAGGCGACCAAUGAGAGGUUUCUGAUUGGCGAUGGAGUCAGCAGGCGCCCUGUCAAAGAGGGGAAUUUUCAGGGAGUCCUGUUUACUCCUCCAGGGAAAGGUCCAUUUCCUGCUGUGCUGGAUCUGAGCACCUUCAUGUCUGAGAAAAGAGCCAGUCUCCUGGCCAACAAAGGGUUUGUGGUUCUGUCUGUUACAGUGUACAAUGACAAGCCGAACAACGUCAAAGAGUUACAUCUAGACCACUUUGAAGAGGCAGUGAACUUCUUACAACAACAAACUGAAGUUGGCAGUAAAGGAGUUGGUGUAGUAUCUCGAUCAAAGGGAGGAGACAUUGCGCUUUCACUUGCUGCGUUUGUGCCCGGUGUUGAGGCCACAGUGUGGAUCAAUGGCUGCUGUGCCAACGUAGCUUUACCUCUCCACUAUAAUAAGAGUCAGAUUCUCCCUGCAUUAAUGUUUGACACAAGCAAGAUGGUUCCUACUGAGUCAGGGGCUGCCAUGGGCAAGUAUGUUCUGCACAAUCCCCUGGCAGAGGAGAACAAGGCCACCCUGGUCCCCAUUGAACAAGCAAAGGGACAUUUCCUCUUUGCGGCUGCAGAGGACGACCUGAACUGGGACAGCAAGGCUUACAUGGACCAGAUGGUGGAGAGACUGAGGCGCCAUGGGAAGAACAACUUUGAGAGCGUGAGUUACCCUGGAGCGGGACAUUACCUUGAUCCACCUUAUGGACCCUACUUCCCCUCCAGUUUACAUGGGGUUGUGGGUAAACCAGUCCUGUGGGGGGGUGAGCCCAGGUCCCACGCAGCAGCUGAGGUCCACCUGUGGAAGAAGAUCCAGGAGUUCUUCAGAACUCACCUGAGCUGUGAUGCUACCACAGACUAAAGCUAAGUUAUAGAUACA